UGCGAGCCCACAGGUGGCAGGCCCAGUUCUGCAAGGCUCUAUCUAUGUGUCCUAUCUACCUAUGCGUUCAUGCAAGCUCCAGCUUUGCCUCCACCCACUGACAACAAGAAGUCAGGAUCGCAGCGGAGGGGGUAAGACAAGACAAGCGGCUCCGCAUUUGCUGUCCUUUCCUCCAUGGCGUUUUACAAGGAUGACGCCCAGGAGGAGGCGAGCGAGUGUCCCGUGUGCUAUGAGAACCUGUGUGGCACCAGGAGGACUCUGAGCUGUGGACAUGUGUUCUGUCACGACUGCCUGGUGAAAACACUGGUGAGCAUCCACACCGACGGAAACAUCCGGGACACCAUUGCGUGUCCCAUCUGCAGACACCUCACCUUCAUCCGGAAGCAAAAAGACGAGCCGCUUGCCCCGACGGAGAGCAAAGGUGACCCUGAGGAUGGAACCGGAGGGCAGAUCUUGGAGGUCCCCGUCAGAACCCCUCAGCCACCGCCGGUCCACUUCCAGGAGACCCUAGCUCCGUCCGGAGCCGGGUGGGUGAGGAACUGUUUUAACCGGGUUUCGGAACGCUUCCGUCGGCGGAGGCUCAACAGGCCUCGUGGCGGCGCCUCCCAGAUCUUCAUCAUCAGCGCCCAAGGUAGACCCAUGACCGAGGAGGACUCUUUCAGCCUGGUGAUGACCGUGGUGCACCCGCAGCCCAGGCGGAGGUACAGGGUGUGCACCACCGCUCGGUGGCUGCUGCUGCUGCUCUCCACCUUCACCGUGCUGGCCCUGGUGGCUGCGAUACUACCUUGGAUCCUACUCGCCUGAGAAUGAAGACCAAGGUGCCAUUAUUCGGUCCAAAGAACACUUGGAAUCUCAUGAAAUGCAACCUUAAAGACACUGAAAUGCAAGAAAAAGUGCUGCUUGUUGUUGUUGUUUGAUGUGUGUUGCCCAGCAACGGGAAAACACGCCAGCGUCAUAUUGGAUGGUCUCAAACGUCACAUUUUUACUUUCCGUGCAGCUCUCUAAAUAAUCAAUGACGUACCCCCCCGGGCCCUGCGUGAAGGAGAUGCUGUAAGAAGACACCCCUCCAGAAGCGGAGCAUUGAAUUUCUCCCAGACGACAACUUGGAUCUUUGCUGUGAUGCCUGAAGAGAAAGGACGUUGUUUGUAAAAGCUUUGAAGCCGUGACUCGCAUUGCACAACACUGAAAUUCAGUGGCAAACGUUGUUUCCUUUUGUGUGAGUGAGCGGCAUGCUUGCAGGCUUGCAUGCAUCCCGUCUGGCCUGUCUUACUUGUUACAAACUGAACACAACAUACCGGCUGAAAAGGGGCGGGCUGAAAAAUGGACAGAUUUUUACAUGUUCACGUGCUUGGUUUCGUCUAAUAGUUUGCAGUUGAUUUUAUUUGAUGGUUAAAAAAGAAAGACAUUAGAAGUGUUAAAAGAACUGCAAUAAAACUAGAGAAAAAAACUA